ACAAAAUAUAGGUCAAGACGUUCUUCCACCUUCGUUAUAACGUGUGUGCAUCCUACAAUCCACGCCUCCUCUUCAUGAACGAGAACUGCCACAACACUGUCUUUCAGCAACCGUCGCUUGAUGUUUUUAGGAAAAUACAAGAGAAAAUCUUGUGAAUCAGGAAUACCACCUUACGGAAUUUUAACUACCACAGUUGUUAUUAAUUUUUAUACCAAACCUUGGUUGGAAUAAUGUAGUGCACAAUGUUGGUAGAUUCCGAGUCCAAUCCCCUCUGAUGAUCUUUCCAACCCUCAUUUUGCUAAUAACGACGUGCAAAUGGAAAGAGGAUAUUCGAACGCACUUAAUGCGAACCCUGUGAAAGAUAAAGAGGAGAGUGAAGACCUCAAGAGCGGGGCUUCUUGUGGCGCAGAUGCAGUUGUGGAUGAGUGUAUUGAUGUCAUGUUCAUCUGUAGCGAGUGGGGCUCCUCAAAAGGUGGAUUAUCAACGUUUAACAGGGAACUUGCUAUAAAUCUGGCAAAGUAUUCGAUUGACAGAAUCAGGCUUCACUGCUAUGUUUGCCAAAGCACUGAAAAAGAAAGAGAAGAUGCGAGCAGGAAUGGAAUCCAUUUAAUCACAGCACGGCGCCCUCCAGGGUCCAGUGAUCCACUAGAAUGGAUCAAAAUACCACCAUCAGAGCUUCCUAAGCCAGACAUCGUCAUUGGCCACGGUAGGAAGUUCGGUGGUGCGGCUUAUUUCAUUCGAAAAGCUACAAGAUGUAGGUGGAUACACUUUGUACAUGUGUUCUGCGAAGAUUUUGGAAAAUACAAGUUAGAGUGCAGCAUUACGGCUGAUGCAAUUGCAGAUAGUGAAGAUAAGAACAGACAAGAACUGGAGCUGUGCGAAGCAUCCGAUUUGGCUGUUGCAGUAGGCCCUCUACUACAAAGAAAAUAUCAGAGACAUCUGCAGGAUAUCAAAGUAGAAGUCAUUACUCCGGGGAUUUUUGAACAGUAUGUUAAUCCAACAGCAAAGCAGUGGUCAGGGUUCGAAUCAUCAGAGGAAGAAUUUAGUGUAUUCAUGUUUGGUCGUGGAAGCUUUGAGGACUUUGAACUGAAAGGAUAUGACAUAAUUGGAAAAGCUGUGGCUUCGCUGGAGAGAAAAUUCGAGCUCACUUUUGUUGGUGCACCACAAGAUGAACAACGGAAGAUGGAAAAGUGGUUCCUGGAGGAAACAAAGAUAUCACGUGACCAGUUAACCAUUCGUGGCUUCUGCAGUUAUGAGAAAAUGAAGAAGAUGUUUCGUGAAGCAGAUUUAGUAGUGAUGCCAUCCCGCACUGAGGGCUUUGGGCUUGUUGCUCUGGAGGCGAUAUCAGCCGGUGUUUCUGUGCUGAUCUCCAGGGAAUGUGGGAUUGCCAAAGCCCUCCAAGCUGUGGAUGGUGGAAUGGCUGUGGUCAUCCCCACAGCUUCACCAGAUAAAUGGGCAACCAAAAUCCAACAGCUAUCGGAACAAACACCAGAUGAGAGAUAUUCCUCUGCUGUACGUCUGAGAGAGAAUUAUGAGAAGGUGUACAAUUGGAAGGAAGAAAGUAAAAAAUUUGAGAAGAUGAUUCUGCAGUUGGCUACCAGUCCCACUCCUAAGGAGACCGAAAUCACAGAAAAAGCUACAUGCAGUUCAAAGGAAAAGGCACAAAUUCAAAGGAAGGAGGUUCUGACAGGGACCAUAUGUUUGCUGGCAGUUUUUCUUUCAAUAUUCUUUAUUGCCUGGGUACACAGUGUUCCACACAGCUGUGUAGAAGUUGGAAAAAGCGAAAGAAGGGGACCAAGUGAGUCUGCACUAGAUUCAUGUACAGCUGCAUAUAAUUCAACAGAAGAAGCCCAGAGAACCAUAAAAGAAGUUCCAACAGUAACUGUGUGCCACUUCUGUGAGUGAUAACAACAAGGAAUUGAAUCAGUUACAUUCUUCUGAAAGAGUCCGAGAUGUUACUAAGAUGAGAUCCACGCUUCCUCUUGGAUUUUCUGUUGACUCCAGAAACGCAACAGGCAGAACGCCACUAAUGAAUCAGGCUCUGAAAGGGAACGUUCAAGCAGUGAAGAGUCUGAUUAUGAGAGGAGCAGAUCCGUCCCAGAUGGACAACGACGGAUGGAACUCAUUACAUUUUGCCGCGCAGGGGGGUGACCCUGAAACCAUAGAUCUUAUCUUAAGUUACGUGCCAGAUAUUGAGUCAGAAACCGUUUACGGUGAAACACCUUUAAUUUGUGCGGCUCGUCGUUGCAAGCUGAAGGGUGUAAAGUACCUUAUUGAGAGAGGAGCGAAUCCUUUGGCUAAUGAUAUCAAUGGGCUGAAUUCUCUACAUCAUGCCUCAUUGUGUUGUCAAGGUUUCAUGCAGUUCCUGCUGAAUCGCGCGAUAAACUCAGGUUGGUUCGGUCGCGGUUUCCGUGGUGGUGUCAAUCUUUGAUUUCUUCAUGUGGGUUUGUAGGAUACAGGAGAAGCUGUCAGUGUUGGAGAUUUUUGAAGAUGAACCCAAUCUACAAGUAGCUAGAAGUGAAUGUCUGUGCAAUGUUAAAAUAUAAUAUAUAUGAAUGUGAUUUUUUAUAUAUUUCACAAGGAAAUUGGUGGGUUUUUUUAUUUAUUUAUUACAUUUUUUUAUCAUAGAACACAUUGAUGUAAAAUAACACUUGUGUAAAUUUUUAUAUAAAGUUUCGUAAAUAUAAACGUAAAUCGAAUUUCGUUUAACAAUUUCAUGCCUCAGAUGAACUUACCUUUUGAUACCACUUGUGUUAAGUGAAAAUCGUAGCUGGGACAUUUGGUAGGGCUUGGAAAUAUGAAGCAUUAAUUCAGAAGUUUAACCAGGGUAUUUUACAUAACAGAUAAUCAUUUUAAGCCGGAGGUGGGAGAACUUCGUCGCUAGUUGCCUGACGCUUGAAAGCGCUUUAAAAGGCAACAGCUACUUUACUCUGAUAACAGCCAAAAGAGAAUGUCUGCAUUGUUGGCGGCGUUGUUAUUUUUCUGUUGCUACAUAUUUUGAUAUUCGAAGAAAUUUUUAUUUAAUUAUUUCCUUGAUUAUCCUUAAUUCUUUUUUAAAGAACCCACU